AUGGUGGCAGUCUCGACCAUGCUUAUCCUCCGGCCCGGCAUGCUCACCCCUGCGGCCGAGUUGGAGGACGACAGCUCAGACGAAGAGCCGGAGACCAAAGAUCCCGUGCAGCGACCGCCCGUUCAGGAGGAAGCGCCCGAGCCCUCCGAGGAUGGCUCAGAGCUCUCGGAGGAGGAGGCUGAAAGCAAGCCCGCGAAUGCGGCGCAAGCCGAGGGAGGGCUGGUGAAGAAAUCCCUGAAGAAGCGGUGGUUCGAGAAGCUCCUGGAGGGAAGGCGCGAGGUGGGCGGCUGCGGCGGCAUGGUGCUGCGCUUCGACGACGAGGAGACCGAGAAGGCGUGGGUGCAGGACAGCUUGCCCAAGAACAUGCAGCGGGGUGCUGCGCUGAUGGCUGGCAUGUCAGUUGGCCUGUGCCUGCACCGCUUGGUGUUCUUUUCGGAGCUCCUCGCCUGCCCCCAAAUGCAUCGGGCGAAUAACUGGAUCUACGACAUCGUCUUUGCAGCAGGCCUGCUGCUGGCCUUGGGGGGCGCCAUGGCGCUGACUUGGCUGCGGCCGCCGGUGCGCCGGGACUUGGCGCUCCAGCUGGUCCUGGGCUACUGGGGUCUCAUGGUCUUCUUCGGGGGCGCUUUCAUUCUGACCUCCGUGCCGCCGCUGUGCCCCUCCUGCCUGGAGCUGGAGGAGACGGUGGCGGCCUGCCCCGCGAUCUUGCAGGUCCCCGCCUCCAAGCUGGACUGCACCUUGCAAGGCCACACAGCCUGUCAGAUCUUCAUGCUGUUCCUGCUCUCCUUGCCAUUCGCGCUGCCACAGCUGUACCAUCAACCUAUAGCUCUGCUAUGGUUGGUCUUCUACGUCGCUUCUAGCAUCGGCUAUGAGAUGGUGUUCGAUGAUCCUCCGGACAACUCACACCACAGCGAUGUCGUCUUUCAUUGUUGCCUGCUGCUGCUGUCACUGACUGUUGGCUUCUCCAAGAAGUUCUACUUGGAGAAGUCCAUGCGGCGGCAGUUCAUCGGCGCGCUGCAGCAGCGCCGUGCCAUGGCGCAGCUGUAUGCCAUGUUCAGAGAUAUGGUGCCGGAGUACGUGAUCCCCAAGAUGCUGAAUCAGAGCGCUGCGAACCCCAUUGCUGAUCCCAUCCCCACUGUGACAGUGCUUUUCGUUCUCAUCGCCGACUUCAACCAAUACACCAGGAAGAUGACGCCAAAAGCGCUCCUGAACUUCCUGAACAAGUACUUCAGGAAAAUGGAUGACAUUUGCAGAGCAAAUGGCGUCACAAAAAUUGAGACUGUGGCAGAGGAGUACGUGGCAUGUGUUGGUGUGUCGCCGGCUGACCGCGAGAAGACACACGAAGAGCUGCUGAAGAGGCUCAUCAAGGCUUCCCACGGGAUCCUGGCCCUGCAACACUUGUCCAAGAAGCAUGCGGUGAAGUUCAAGAUGGGCAUGCACACCGGGGAGAUCGUGGCGGGGGUGAUUGGCGAGAAGCUGCCGAGGUUUCGACUCUUCGGGGAUACCAUCAACACCGCGGAGCCGGCCCGGUGA